AUGCUGAAAUGGCUGAAUGAAGUCACCUCGGUCGGAGUGGUGUCCGACAAGUGCGACGAUGGUCGAGAAGAGUUUGAGGGCAACGACGAUAACAUGAUGAUCGACUUGAUCUUGGCCGAGGUGGAGGCAAAAGUGGCUGCUUUCGAAACAGAACAGUGCGACGAUGGUCGAGAAGAGUUUGAGGGCAACGACGAUAACAUGAUGAUCGACUUGAUCUUGGCCGAGGUGGAGGCAAAAGUGGCUGCUUUCGAAACUGAACAGGAACUGCGAAAGUCUCAGGAAUGUCUACAGAAACGAAUUCCUGAUUAUUCAUGGCUAAUUAGCGACGUGUCGCAAAAACCGAAGAAAUACUUGACAAUGACCGAACGUAGUCGACUGACCAGAGCAUGUGAACGAAUACGAGCUAGCGAAUGGUCGAAACUGAUCAACCUGUGGAAAGCACGUUCCAAGACGGUUUCUUCACGUGACCACAUUUUCGACUGCUUUAUCUCGUCCGUUCACGAAGUGAUUCUCUCACGACCACGUGCUGCGACCGUUGGCGAUGUCGUCAGGAAGUACAUCAGAAGCGCGAGCAGUGUUAAUGCGGUAUCCGAUUCGCCUCGACCCAAUGGAUCAACUCGUUCUCUUGCACAGCUAUCGUUCCGCGAACUCAACGAUGUGGUCUAA